ACCGUGCGCACCUCUCUCAUUUAAGCAUCUAACCGUUAAUUCGUAUGGACUUCAGAUAGAACAACAUCAAACUUCACGUCGUUCGUCGAUUGUUUAAUAAUAUAUCCGGAAACGUUCCUAAUUUUUACUCGUUCGUUCGGAACUUAUUUCCAGUAUAGGGAAAUCAAAUCAUUUAACAUGGUGAAACGAAAAGCAAGCCAGCUCGAGACCGCGCCGGACGCUACUGGUCUAAGAAGAUCGACGCGUCGCAAACCAGCAGCUCCAGAUCUAGCGACCGAUGCUAUUGAGAACAAGUCGACAGAAAAAAGCGCGACUCAACUCCCCAAAACGGACCAGAAGAAGAUUUCCAAGAAGCUGCCUAAUUCAAAGGCAUCUCCAAAAAAUCCACAAUCAAAGAAGGCGAAGAGUACCACGCAGCCAAGUACAGCCACAAAGUCUGAGGCAGAUGAGACGCCCGACUCUUCCGAAAGGUCGUAUUGGCUGUUAAAAGCUGAGCCCGAGUCACGGUUUGAAAAUGGCGUUGAUGUCAAAUUCUCUAUUGACGAUUUGGCGUCGCGAACAGAACCUGAACCCUGGGAUGGGAUUCGUAAUUAUGUCGCCCGGAAUAACCUCCGCGCCAUGAAGAAAGGCGACGUAGCUUUCUUCUACCACUCUAAUUGCAAAGAGCCGGGCAUCGUGGGUACAAUGGAGAUCGUGCAAGAACAUUCCCCCGACUUAUCGGCACAUGACUCCAAGGCACCAUACUACGACGCUUCUUCCAAACCCGAUAACCCGAAAUGGAGCGUCGUGCACGUCAAGUUCCGCAGUAAGUUCAACAAACAGAUCGGACUGAAGGAACUUCGUGAGAUGGGCCAGUCAGGUCAACCGCUUGAGAAUAUGCAGAUGCUGAAACAGAGCCGGCUAAGCGUGAGCCGCGUGAGCGCUUCUGAAUUUGAGUAUUUAAUGGAUGUAGUAAAGCAGCGAGGCGGCGAGACCCAAUAAGGUCCUAUAAGAUGUGAAAUAGA